GGUGGCAUCUACCCACAUUUUUUCACACCUCUGCUUCCUAGCUACUCUAUUCUGAAACUUGAGUUUCGCAUAUACAUCUUGUCAGCUAGAUAAUAUGGCUCUAGUGGGCAAAUUGGAGACUGAAAUAGAGGUAAAAUCCUCUGCUGAAAAGUUCUUCAGCACAUACAGAGCAAAAGCACAUAUUGUCCCCAAAACUCACCAUGAGAAUUUACAUGGCGUUGAGGUCCAUGAAGGUGAUUUGUACUCCUCAGGCUCAAUCAAGCAGUGGACUUUUAACUUAGAUGGGAAAGUUCAGACUGUAAAAGGAAGGAUACAUGUAGACGAGGAAAAGAAGUCUGUAACUUCUGUCACAGUGGAAGGAGAGAUACUGAAAAAGUACAAAAGCUUUAACGUCACCAUUCAAGUUAUACCCAAAGGUGAAGGUAGCCUGGUGAAAUGGAUUUGGGAGUAUGAGAAAGUAAGCCUGGAUAUUCCAGACCCGAAGAAAUUCCUGGAUUUAGCUAUCAAUGUCACCAAGGAUGUUGAUGCAUACGCUACUAGCGCUUCUUGUUUUUUGAAAAGCUGUGCUGCAGAUGCAAGACAUGUCUGCUGUUGCUGUCCUCCUUCUCUCCUCUUUCUUCCUAUUGCUCUUUUGCAGACAUUGUCACUGCAGUCGUUGCUUGCUUCAUAUCAUCAAAUGGCUCAAAUCGAAAAGCUGGAAGUCCAAACAGAGAUUAAAUCCUCUGCUGCUAAGUUUUAUGAGAUUUUAAGAAGCAAAGCGUAUCUCAUACCCAAGAUCUGCCCUGAUUAUGUAAAGGACAUUCAAGCUCUUCAAGGCGAUUGGGACUCUGUGGGCUCAGUCAGGCUGUGGACUUAUGUUGCUGGGAAUUGUGAGACAGUUAAGGAGAAGGUGGAAUCCAUAGAUGAGCAAAGUAGGACUAUCACCUUCAACAUAUUGGAAGGAGAGAUCAUGAAACACUACAAGACUUACAAGCCAAUCGUUCAGGUCACAACAAUCGGUCCAGGCAGCUUGGCAAAAUGGAGUAUAGAAUAUGAGAAAAAAAACGAGGACAUCCCACCUCCUCACAAGUACAUGGAGUUUCUAGCUAACUUCAACAAGGCCGUUGAUGCUUACCUUCUUGCCAACAAGGCAUAGAAUAAAAAUGACAUGCCUUUUAAAAGUAUUGUUACUUAUUGCAUAUAACUAAUAAUUAAUAAAAGCUUUAAAGCUUUAUGGCA